CUGGUGGCACUCAACAGCCCCCAGCCCGGCGGCAUGCGUGGCAUCCGCGGCGCGGACUUCCAGUGCUUUCAGCAGGCGCGCGCCGCGGGGCUGGCGGGCACCUUCCGCGCCUUCCUGUCCUCGCGGCUGCAGGAUCUGUCCAGCAUCGUGCGGCGCGCCGACCGCUCGGCCGUGCCCAUCGUUAACCUCAGGGACGAGGCGCUGUUCCCCAGCUGGGAGGCCUUGUUCUCCGGCUCCGAGGGCCAGAUGAAGCCCGGGGCCCGCAUCUUCUCUUUCGACGGCAGAGAUGUCCUGCAGGAUCCUGCCUGGCCCCAGAAGAGCGUGUGGCACGGCUCGGACCCCAGCGGACGCCGCCUGACGGACAGCUACUGCGAGACGUGGCGGACGGAGGACGCGGCGGCCACCGGCCAGGCCGCCUCCCUGCUGACCGGCCGGCUGCUGGCGCAGAAGGCCGCGAGCUGCCACAGCGCCUUCGUCGUGCUCUGCAUCGAGAACAGCUUCAUGACCUCCUCCUCCAAGUAGGG